CUUGCUCCUUGCAUGCUAAUUUAUAAAUUUUUUUAUAUUACUGUUUAAAUAAAGUUGUAUAUGCAUGGUAAUGGUAAUUUUUAGGUUAGCGGCAAUUUUCCUUUAAUUUUAUAAGAGUGGUUAAAGAAUCAUUUUUAUUUGCUUUUUCCUUGUUAAUUUAUGAAUUUUUUUUAGAUUGCUAUCAUCAUGUCAGAUCACGAUAAUUAUUGCAAUGAUUUUAUUUAUGAUAUCGGAUGGUCUUCGGAUGAUCACACUGAAGAUAUCGGAAGUAUUUCUGAUGAUUCUGAAAACGUUGUUAUUGCAGAAAAAAGUGGCGAUGAAUUUCUCAUAGAAUUGUAUAGAGAACGAUCAUUUUUGUACGAUAAAAGAAAUGCUAAUUUUAAAAAUACAUUAAUGAAACAAAAUGCUUGGAACGAAAUCUCGAAAACAAUGAUUGAAACAAAUUGUGAUUUUUACACGCCUGAUUAUUGCCAAAGAAGGUGCACUUCAUUGAGAGAGCAAUAUAAUCGUGAAAAGAAAAGACUAGAAAAUCAGUGUAGAAGUGGAAGUGGUGCUCCAAAUUUAUCUUCUCGUCAAUUUCCAUUAUAUUCUCAAUUAAAAUUCUUGGACCAAGUCAUCAAAAGACGAAAAACUUAUAGUAAUGUAACCAAAUGUCAACCAGAUGCAACUUUUGUUAACAAAGGUCCAUCAGGAAGCAAAUCACAUGUUCCAGACGACGUUAACGCUUUUUCUUCGUGUAAUAAAGAAAGUCAAAACACAAAGCCCAAGGAAACUGUUGAUGCUGAACAUACUUAUGGCAAAGGUGUAAUAUGUUCUCCAAGGCCAAGAAAAAGAAAACUGGAUGAAACUAAGGAGUUAGAACAUAAUUUUUUUAAUGUGGGCAAUAGAAUUGUAAAUUAUAUGGAAUCGACAAAAGCAUCUACAGCAGAUGAUGCAUUUAUGGAAUUUAUAAAAGUACAGUUCAACGGUAUGCCAGAACAUGAAAAGCAUAUCAGAAGGAAAAUGAUGAUGGAUUCUCUAAUAACACCAUUACCAGAAACAUCGAAUUGAACAUAGAUAAGUUAUUUAUGUUUACACUUCAGUUUAAUUAUCUGCAUGUACACCUCUACGGAUAAAGUCGUACUGCCACGCCAAUUCUCCAGUUGGAGAGACAAAGUAUUCGCAUAAUGUGUUUCGUU